ACCUGCAUGCUCAAUAUAUUGGCUUUACUGUCAUUGUCUUUGUUCUGUCCAUAAUAAUGGAUGUUUCUGAACAUCGUACAGCUCAAGUAUCGCAAGUGAAAGAUGAAUUUGCCGAAAAGGUUCAAAAAUUAUUUAAAUCAUUUCUUUUGGAAUAUGUGAAUGAAUCAGAAUCGAAUGUAUCAAAUGUGAAGCCAAAAUAUUAUGAUGAAACAUUGGCAUUGAUCAAACCUGAGCGUAACACAUUGUUUGUUGAUUAUCGUGAUAUAAUCAAUUAUAAUCAAAAUCUGGCUAAUGAUCUCAAGACGGAUUUUUACCGUUUUUAUCCAUAUCUAUGUCGUGCAUUGGUUUCAUUCAUCAACGAUGAAAAACAUCAAACAAUGGAAGGAAUGGACCAGAUUACAUCAAGAUUGAUUAUGAAUAAAGAAUUUUAUAUCGGUUUUUAUGGUAUUGCUGAACGAACUAAACUUCGUAGUUUACGAGCAAUUAAAUGUUCACAAUUGGUCAAAAUUGUUGGACAAGUUGUUCGAACACAUUCUGUUCAUCCUGAAUUGAUUUCGGGCACAUUCGAAUGUAUGGAUUGUGGUACGGAAAUUCCAAACGUUGAACAACAAUUCAAAUAUACAUUGCCUACGAUUUGUCAGAAUCCAAUGUGCAACAAUCGUAGUAAAUUUCGUUUACUCUUGCACAAAAGUCGUUUUGCUGAUUUCCAGAAAUUACGUAUUCAAGAACUUCAAGCCGAUUUACCUAGAGGUUCAAUUCCUCGUAGUAUCGAUGUCAUUAUUCGUGGUGGUGAUCGUGUAGAAUGUGUGCAACCGGGUGAUCGUGCCGAUUUUAUUGGAUGUUUAAUCAGCGUACCUGACGUUGCUCAAUUGAUUGCUGGUUCGGCUGGAUUAAUCAAAUCUGAUAGUGGUGCUACUGGUGAUGGUAUUCGUGGUCUUAAAGCUUUAGGUGUACGAGAAAUGACACACAAAUUGGCUUUCAUGGCUUGUUCAGUCAUUUUGGAAGGUUCUGAAUUACCGAUUCAAUUAGAAGAACGACAAAAAUUCGAAUCAGAUCAUAUGGAACAAAAUUUUGUGAUGUUCAAAGAGAAUGAUUUACAUCGAAUCGAAGAAAUGUCCCAGGAUAAAAAUCUCUUCAACAAUCUUGCCAAAUCUGUUUUUCCUUCAAUUUUCGGUAAUGAUGAUAUUAAGAAAGGCAUCAUUCUUCAAAUGUUUGGUGGUACUCCAAAAAUAACUGAAGAAAACACCAAUCUUCGUGGUGACAUAAAUAUUUGUAUAGUUGGAGACCCUAGUACAGCUAAAUCACAGUUCUUGAAGAUUGUAUCGAAUUUUGCGCCCACCAGAGCCGUUUAUACAAGUGGUAAAGCAUCCACAGCUGCCGGUCUUACAGCAGCCGUUGUUCGUGACGACGAUGGUGGAUUUGUUAUUGAAGCUGGAGCUUUGAUGCUUGCUGACCAAGGCAUUUGUUGUAUUGAUGAAUUCGACAAAAUGGAAAUCCGUGAUCAGGUCGCCAUUCACGAAGCUAUGGAACAGCAAACCAUUUCGAUAACGAAAGCUGGUGUUAAAGCUACAUUGAAUGCUCGUGCUUCAAUUUUAGCUGCUGCAAAUCCAAUCAAUGGUACCUAUGAUCGUGCAAAAUCGUUACGAAAAAAUCUUUCUUUUUCAUUGCCUAUCAUGUCUCGUUUUGAUUUAUUUUUCGUAUUGCUUGAUGAAUGUAAUGAAACAGUCGAUUAUGCCAUUGCUGACAGAAUUAUUGAUCAACAUCUUCAAUGUAGUGGAAAUAAACCAUCCAAUAAUGAUGACACAGUAUACACAUUGGAUGAGGUUCGAAUGUACAUAAAGUUUGCCAAACAAUUCAAACCGAAAAUGAUACUGGAAUCAGAAAAAUAUCUGGUGGAAACAUACAAACAUCUAAGAUUGAAUGGUUGUGGUGAAACAGGUGGUGGUGUUUUCAAAAGUAACAAACAAUCAUGGCGAAUCACUGUUCGUCAAUUGGAAUCAUUGAUUCGAUUGUCAGAAGCUAUUGCUCGUCUUCAUUGUUCAAAUAUUGUCGAAGUGAAACAUAUUAAAGAAGCAUCACGUUUAUUGAAUAAAUCCAUUGUAAGAAUUGAUCAACCAGACAUAAGUUUAUUGGAUGAGACAACCAUGUCACAAUCUGAACAAACUGAUUCCAAUGUUGUUGAUUCUCAAUCUCAGAAUGAAUCAAUAAGUUGUUUGAAAAUAUCUUAUGAAAUGUAUCAAACAAUAACAAAUCUGUUGGUCAUCAAGUUACAACGAGAAGAGGCAAGAAUUGAAGCCGGUGAAAGUGAAGGUUUCCGUAAAUCACAACUAAUCGAAUGGUACUUGGAACAAAUUGAAAAUGAAAUCGAAACCCAAGUUGAACUGAUACAGAGAAAAAUGAUUUGUGAAAAAAUCAUUGAUAAAUUAAUCACUGUCGAUCAUAUUCUUAUCGAACUUAAAUCGCCUGUAUCUCAAGAAAUGGAAAAUGAACAAGAAAAAGUUGAACCUGAUAAUAUUCUUGUCGUACAUCCUGAUUAUGUAAUCGAUGAUAUUUGAAUAAUAAUCUAUUUUAUUUUAUAAUUUUUUCUCUUAUGAUUUGAAAAUAAAAUUUAUGAUGACUAGU